AGGAGGGCGGCGGGGCGGCCAAGAUGGCGGCGGCGGUGGCGGCGGGGUGAGGCGGCGGCGGCGGCGAUGAUGUCCGGGGCGGAGGAUCGUGAGGCCGGCGGGGGCCCGGCCGCCCCCUCCGCCCCUUCCGCGGUCCUCCCCGGUCCCGCUGCGGCGGCCGCGACGGGUGGCCCGGGCGAAGCGGGCGGCGCCGAAGAGGCGGGUUCCCUUCUCGGCGGGGCCCGGCCUCACGGCGAGGCGGGAGCCGACCCCGACGCGCCGCCCAAGAAACGGUUAAGGGCGGCGGGGACGGGGACGGGUGGGCCCGAGGGGGCGGCGGGCAGCGUGAAGCUGGAGGAGCGGCUCUACUCCGUGCUCUGCUGCACCGUCUGCCUCGACCUGCCCAAGGCCUCGGUCUACCAGUGCACCAACGGGCACCUGAUGUGCGCCGGCUGCUUCAUCCACCUCCUGGCAGACGCUCGGCUGAAGGAGGAACAAGCGACUUGCCCAAAUUGCCGCUGCGAGAUCAGUAAGAGCCUGUGCUGCCGAAACCUGGCUGUGGAAAAAGCCGUCAGCGAGCUGCCCUCCGAGUGUGGCUUCUGCAUGCAGCAAUUCCCCCGAUCCCUCCUGGAGAGGCACCAGAAAGAGGAGUGCCAGGACAGGGUGACCCAGUGCAAAUACAAGCGGAUCGGGUGCCCGUGGCAGGGUCCCUACCACGAGCUGACGGUGCACGAAGCCGAAUGCACCCACCCCACCAAAACCGGCAACGAGCUGAUGGAGAUUUUAGACGAAAUGGACCAAACGAGGAAAAAAGAAAUGCAGCUAUAUAACAGCAUCUUCAGCCUGCUCAGCUUCGAGAAGAUCGGCUACACAGAGGUGCAGUUCCGCCCUUACCGCACCGACGACUUCAUCACCCGGCUGUACUACGAGACGCCGCGCCUGACCGUCCUCAACCAAACGUGGGUGCUGAAGGCGCGGGUGAACGACUCGGAGCGGAACCCCAACCUCUCCUGCAAGCGCACCCUCUCCUUCCAGCUCAUCCUGAAAAGCAAAAUCAAUUCCCCCAUGGAAUGCUCCUUCCUCCUCCUGGAGGGCCCCUACGACGACGUCAAAAUCCACCCCGUCAUCUACCAUUUUGUCUUCAGCAACGAGAACAACGAGACGGAUUACAUGGCGCUGCCCAUCGUCGAUUCGGUGGAGUGUAACAAACUGCUGGCGGCUAAGAACAUCAACCUGCGGCUUUUUAUAUUUCAGAUCCAAAAAUAAAGACUGGAGAACACCCAACCGUCGGACCCUCCCCCCGCCACCUCGUCACCGCCGGGAUUUCGCCAAAAGGAGUUUGAAAGCCGGGGCGGGGGGGGGGGGGG